AUGGCGUUGCCUAAAACAUCAAUUGCAGUUGUGCGUGCAAUCCGAACUGAGGACGGGUUUUUGGAGUUAGCUCACUCCCUUACUCGCUGGGUUGGCGUAUCCAAGGAUAAGUUACUUACCAAGAGAGGAGCAGCUGGUUUCACAAUCAAUGGAGUCGACAGUGGAGACUGGAGAGGACAGGCAUCUACUGCAGAGGAAGAUGACAGAAGGGUGAAGCACGAGUCGAGAGUGGAAAUCUCCCCGUUAUUAUAUAGUUAUGAUCACGGGAUUGCC